AUGAGAGAAGGAUCUCAUGUUAUCGUCUUGCCUUUCCCAGCACAAGGCCACAUAACUCCUAUGUCCCAGUUUUGCAAACGCUUAGUCUCAAAAGGUCUUAAGAUCACUCUUAUCCUCGUCUCCGACAAACCUUCUCCGCCAUACAGAACAGAGCACGACUUAAUCACUGUCGUCCCCAUCUCCAAUGGUUUCCAAGAAGACGAGGAACAAUCACAAGACCUCGAUGAUUACAUGGAAAGAGUAGAAACCAGCAUCAAAACCCGCUUACCGAAGUUGAUUGAAGACAUGAAACUGUCGGGAAAUCCUCCUAGGGCCCUCGUGUACGACUCCACCAUGCCAUGGCUUCUUGAUGUAGCUCAUAGUUCUGGUUUGAGGGGUGCCGUGUUUUUCACUCAGCCUUGGCUUGUCUCAACUAUUUACUAUCACGUUAAUAAGGGAUCGUUCUCUGUACCGUCUACAAGACAUGACCACUCUGCGUUAGCAUCUUUCCCUUCGUUCCCGAUGCUGAAUUCAUAUGAUUUGCCGUCUUUCCUCCGUGAAUCGUCCUCUUACCCAAAUAUACUGAGGAUUGUCAUCGAUCAGCUCUCAAACAUUGAUCGAGUUGAUAUAGUUUUGUGCAACACUUUCGAUAAAUUGGAAGAAAAGUUGUUGAAAUGGGUCCAAAGCUUGUGGCCAGUUUUAAACAUAGGACCAACUGUUCCAUCAAUGUACUUAGACAAGCGACUGACUGAAGACAAAAACUACGGAUUCAGCCUCUUUGAUGCAAAUGUAGCUAAAUGCAUCGAGUGGCUAGACUCGAAGCAGCCUAGUUCAGUUGUUUAUGUAUCACUUGGAAGCUUGGUGAUUCUAAAAGAAGAUCAAAUGAUGGAACUCGCGGCGGGUCUGAAACAGAGCGGAUAUUUCUUUUUGUGGGUUGUGAGAGACACAGAGAAAAACAAACUUCCUAGAAAGUAUGUGGAGGAGAUCAUUGAGUAAGGACUGAUUGUAAGCUGGAGUCCUCAGCUUGAAGUUCUUAGACAUGAAUCAAUCGGUUGUUUCUUAACACAUUGCGGAUGGAACUCGAUGUUAGAGGGAUUGAGUUUGGGAGUUCCAAUGAUUGGUAUGCCACAUUGGGCAGAUCAACCCACAAAUGGUAAGUUCAUGGAGGAUGUGUGGAAAGUUGGAGUUAGGGUUAAAGCAGACGUUGAUGGAUUCGUGAGAAGUGAAGAGAUUGUAAAACGUGUGGGAGAAGUUAUGGAGGGAGAGAAAGGGAAAGAAAUUAGAAAGAAUGCAGAAAAAUGGAAAUUGUUGACUCUAGAAGCUGUUUCUGAAGGAGGUAGAUCUGAUAAGAGCAUCAAUGAGUUUGUUUCUAUGUUUUGUUGAUUGAUUGAAUUUAAGUAAGUUUUCUAUCACAAAUUCAUUUAUUAAGAUUGUGUUCAGAUACAUUUAUAUUUCAUUUUUUGUUGUUGUUGUGAUAAGAAUGGCUUGAUUUGAUGUGCACUA